ACUCCUCGGGAUGGGGCGGGGCUUAUGCAAAUCGUGUUGCCUGCGAGAGGCACUUAGUGAUACAAGAGCUGGGAGGCGGCUCCGGCGCGGACCUCGGAUAGCCCAUCGGCUUGCCCGCCAGCCAGCUCCCCUCCGCCCGCGGAGAAUCGGAGCCAUCCAGCGACCAGCGAGCGGCCUCAGGCCUUGCCAUGGGGAAGACCAACAGCAAGCUGGCCCCCGAGGUGCUGGAGGACCUGGUGCAGAACACGGAGUUCAGCGAGCAGGAGUUGAAGCAGUGGUACAAAGGCUUCCUGAAGGACUGUCCCAGCGGCAUCCUCAACCUGGAGGAGUUCCAGCAGCUCUACAUCAAGUUCUUCCCCUACGGCGACGCCUCCAAGUUCGCGCAGCACGCUUUCCGCACCUUCGACAAGAACGGCGACGGCACCAUCGACUUCCGGGAGUUCAUCUGCGCGCUGUCGGUCACCUCCCGCGGCAGCUUCGAGCAGAAGCUCAACUGGGCCUUUGAAAUGUACGACCUGGACGGCGACGGGCGCAUCACGCGCCUUGAGAUGCUGGAGAUCAUCGAGGCUAUCUACAAGAUGGUGGGCACUGUAAUAAUGAUGCGAAUGAACCAGGAUGGGCUCACACCCCAGCAGCGUGUAGACAAGAUCUUCAAGAAGAUGGACCAGGAUAAGGAUGACCAGAUUACACUGGAAGAGUUCAAGGAGGCGGCCAAGAGUGACCCAUCCAUUGUGUUGCUGCUGCAGUGUGACAUGCAGAAGUAGAGGCUGGUGAGGGGCAGGGCCCCUGGCCAGGAGGGCCAUGGCCACCUCCCAACCUGAUGACCUCUCUGGCUGGCCCUUCCCCAGGGGGAGGGACAACGCUAGCCUCACUCUCCAGUCUACCCACUCCACUACCCAAGCCCUUCCUCCCCUCAGUCAAGUUCCCUGAGGGAUCACCUCACCCUGUACAUGGGACAGGUCCUCUGAUCUCCUGUCAUCUAGCCCCACCUCCAGCCUUGGCCCAGAACCAACAUCCAUUGGCCAUAGGGGAGUUGGCUUUUACCCUAAAAGGCAGGGUUAAGGAGGUGGGGUUGGGUUCUGCUGUGAAAUCUUAUUGUUCCUGGGAUUGUGCUUUAUGGAAUGGGGUCCCUCAGGCCCCAAAGGGCCAAAUUGGGUCUGUCCUUUCCUAAGGACUCAGAUCUCUUACAGGUGGUAUCUGCCCUGCUCCCUCAUCUCUACCUGGCCUCUCUGGCCCACGGCCUUUGGAGUGUUCAUUCAGUCCUUUCUUCAGCUAAUGUUCUUUGAGCACUUAUUUAAUGCCAGGCACCUUUAGGUGCUAAGAAUAUGGUAGUUUACAAGACUACUCCAUGCCCUUGGGCAACUUCCAGUGGUCAGGGUCUCGGAGAGGGUUGUUGUGCCCAGAGGAGAAGCAGCAGAAGGACGUUUGGCUGGUUUGAGAGGAGCCAUUGUGUCUUCCAGCUAGCAGCACCCAAGUGAAAAAACUCAGAGGUUUAGGAGUCAUGUGAAGGGAAGUUUUGAGAAAAAUGAAAAUCUAUGUAAUAUUUAUUUUUUUAGUACCCUUGAAAAGAGCUAAAAUCAUUUUAUUAGAAUAUUAAAUAUACUCUAUAAUACUUGGUUUCUUAUAAAAAUGAUUAAAUGAAUAUAGAAAUGCUAAUCUUCAAAGGGGGAAAACUAAGGUAAAGGAGAGGAAAUACCACCAGACCUAACAGAUAACCCUUUGGGGAGGGGGUAGGCUGAGUCCCCAGCUGUCACCAUCAGCAGUUUUUGCUGCUUCCGCUGCUCCCUUUUUUUUUAACCUUUUUCAAUUCAACAAGUGACCACACACUUUGGGUGUUGACUUCAGAGACAGGAACGGCAAGGUUUACCAAGAGUGAGACAAGUGUAUUCCCACACACUGGUAGUUUGUUUUGAGUUUUUUGGUUUCUGGGAUGGACUCCUUCUUUCACUGCCUCAGAUAUAGAAGGAGCUAGAAGAAGAGGACCACCUGGCUAUUGAGUAGGCUCCCAGGCUGCAUUUGUAGACCAAAUGCCUAAAACUGUGCUGGGCAUGCUCCAUUUGAAAGGCUUUUCCUCAGCCCCAGUCCUAGAUCUGUAUCUUCCUAGUGCACUAGCUUUGCUUUCUGAUUUAUGAACCUGUGAGCUCUCUGGCUGCAUGUUUUGACUGCCAGAAAAAUCAUCUUGCUUCUCCAUCAAGUUGUUCCCUUUAUUUUCUCCUGUACUUGUAAUCAGAACUUAGCUUUGAUGUGCAGUGAUGGUUGACUUCCUCUUGAACUGUUGGUGAGAAUAGUGUAGUACAUGGAUGCUGUCCACCCAGGGUGGCAGUAGGGAAUGACUGCAGGGCCAGGGCACAUGGUAGGAUGUACAUCUGCAGGAAGGUGAUGCAGCUUGUCCCUGACCUCCAGAUGCUCGCCUGUCUUGACUCUUUGCAGGUGGAAACUUGGGUGUGCUGAGCUGUGGUCCCAAGCUCUGUUGGACCUUUCUUGUGACCCUUGGAGGUAGCAAGGUCACUGGGUUGCCUUCUCUUUCUGUCCUGCCUAUGACCAAACCACAAGGUGAGGCUGGAGAAUUCAUAUCCUCAGCUGGUAGCUAGCAAGGAUUUAUCUAGUAAUGCCUCAAAGCAUGUUCCUUCACUCUCGGGAGCUGGUUCUUAAGUGUGUCCUGUGCUGCCACUCAGCACCACCGAUACAUAAAUGCUCAACACCCUGACUAAGCUGGAACCUGAAUCAAGCCUAACUCCCAGUCCUGUUGAAUUCCAUGGUUUUCAAAGGUUUUCUUUCUGCCCCAUCUCAUUUGAUCCCCAUAGCCCAGGAAGAUAGGGAUAUUCAUUCUCUUUCUUCAGACUUGGAAGCUGUGGUUCAGAGAAGGGGGAGCCCCUUGUGCAAGAGCACGUAGUCAGGAAGUGAUAUGAUGCCAAGACUUGAAUCCAAGGCUCACUGAGGGAAGUCUUUUCUUCCCUGCUCAUUUCUGUGUCUGAUUUGUGCAGAGGUCAGCUGUGGCUUAGGCCAAUUGGCUUUUGUUUUCUGUAAGCUUCUACUAAGAAGUUCCUGAAGCUAAGAUCUUCCAAGAAAGUAUAGGGCCUCAAAUGAAGUUCCCAACAUUUUUCAGGCAUCCUGUGUUUGGCUUCUGCAUCGUGCUACUAAUGGGCCAAUCCUGUCCUUAAAGACCUCUGACCCAGAACCCUGGAAAGCAUCUUGCAUUGUCUUACCAUCAUCUUCUUCUCUAAGAGAAUGAUUUUUGUUUUUUCCAAGUUGGUAGACAAGUCUUAAUGAGAGUUCCAUCACUCCAGGAUUCUGGACACAUACUCCCCUGUGGGUGAUAUUUGAUGGUCAGGCCAAAGGUUUUUAUACAGUUCAGCAGAGUGAACUCAAUGCAUGGCCAGUCUGAAACCAUCUUCUCACUGGUGGAGACACAAGCAGGCCAGGCCUUGCUCCCACAUUCUUCUGGGUGUCACUUUAUGCCCAUGAGCCCAUGUGGUAGAGCACCAGCCCUGCCUUGGGAAGAGAGACAGGCUUCCCAUUCUGGCUCCAGGUGAAAGGGUCUUGCCAUCAAGCAGAGGUUUAUGGAUGUCUUGCACAGACACAAAAAUACCUAGACAGUUAAGUCAUUGAUACAGCCAAAGUCUCUUUUGAAAUUUCUUCUUAUAGCAACUCCGAAUUAGGAGGUUCCAGAAUCUGUCUUCUCACAAUCCUGUCCUCAUUUCAUCUUUUUGGGAGUAAUUGAUGGUCUUUUUAAUUCUAAGCUCUAAAAAUCAUCAGCACAGGCUCCUUCAGAUGACCACUCCAGUCCUCAGAGCUGUAGUCAGGAUUAUUUGACAUACAUUUCAGUCAAAAAGUCAGAAAAAAUAAUUUCGCAAAGGCACCAAAUCCUUUUGCCUGGCAAUAGUAGCAUCCCUAGAGAUAGAAAACACCCUGCUGCAGAGAAAGAAGGUAAUGUGGGGGCAGAAAGAGAAUAAGGGAAGAACUGGUGUUUUCUAGGCAGGAUAUCAAGCUGACAUUAUAAAUACUUGCACACAGAAAGUUUAUUAAAGCAACAAGUAUUUCCUGACAAUCCACCCUGGGUGAGGCUUUGUGUUGGUUUUAGAGAUAGAUGUAGGGACAAGUAUUCAUUUCUUAUAUAUUUUAUUCAUCAUUCUUGAAAAGGGAAAUCAGUCAAGUCUUCAAUUUCAGAGUCUCAGAAAAACAUAGGAUUUUCUUUCUGAAAAUGUCAGGGUUUUCUUUGUAACUUUGCCAGAGUGUGGGGGCAGGUCAGGGUAUCCAGGUGUGGCCCCGUCUGCUAGACACAAGCCGGCCAGGCCUAGGGCCUCCUAAGCAGCAGCAGCAUUGCAGCCUGGGACAGCUGAGUGACCACUUGGCAGGGGUGCUCCAACUCACCACAAGUUUCUGGUGUCGCCCCAUCUACCGAGGAUGUGCUGCUUCCGGCUGUGCCCAAAGUGACUGUCCUCACUGUCCACCCCUGUGCCAUGUGGUGUGUGUGUUUCCCACUGACAAUGAAUAAAAGAUGUGACUGUG